AUGGAAGUUUCCUUUUUGCAGGAUACUCUUGAUGGUAUUGAGUUUGCUAGGGGAGAUUCAUAUUCAAAUUGGGGCUCUGUUCGAACAUCAAUGGGACAUCUAGAGCCAUUUCAACUGAACUUAAUUGCAGUUGGGAACCAGGAUUGUUUCAAACAAAAUUAUCGAGGAAACUACCUGAAGUUUCACUCUCUCGUAAAAGCUGCCUAUCCGGAUAUCAAAAUUAUUACAAACUGCGAUGCUUCUUCACAAGAACUUGAUCAUCCUGCUGAUCUGUAUGAUAUUCAUGUUUACACCUCUGCUUCAGACAUGUUUUCUAGGGUUUAUCAAUUUGAUCGCUAA